AUGGCCAUGAAUAAAAAGUACCUAUCGGAUAAAGAAACUCAGGAGUUUAAAAAACACGCCCUGAUUGCUUAUCAACGAGCUGUUGCUUAUUUGGAAAAGUGGUUCCAGUUCGAAAACUCGGUGUUCAAAAGCUUCAGUUGCUUGGACCUUGAACGCGGUCUACCAACUCUGGACCAACUAAUUGAAUUGUGGACUCUAACGAGAAGCAACGACACUCCACCGGAAGCACUCUACUCAGAGUUGGCUAUACUUAGUAGUGUUUACCAGUCCCUGGAGGGAAAGUCAGUGGAUAUGUGGUGCAGCUUUUUUAGUAAAGAAUCAGCGCCAAAUCUUCUCAAAUUGGUUCAACAUGUAUGCAGCAUUCCUGUAUCGAACGCCUUCGUCGAGCGCAUUUUCAGUGUGAUGGGGAAUAUAUGGACCAAUGAACGAAACCGCCUUGGUCUAGAGACUGUGAAAAGUGAACUGUGUGUUUUUUUCAACAUAAACUCGAGCUGCACUGAUUUUAAAGAACGUGUUGUAUCAAAUAAAACACUAUUGAAAGCGGUUGCGUCAAAUGCAAAAUAUGUUAAAAAGAAGUAA